CUUCCAUCGAUAAUUUUAGGUUAUGUCACAUAUUAUAGUUUUUUUUAUUAUUUUUGGCGUUGAAAGUUGCAAGUUUCUCUUCAACUGUUUUUAAGUGGCGGCGUGCUGAAAUAAGCCAAGGAGAUUAAUGAAUAUAAUCACUUCUUACAAGCUCAGGUUGCUUUCACAAUUAUACUGACGACAAAGAUUUCCUGGCAUCGUUCAGUGUGUCUGUAAUGUUUACAGAAUAAACUAAUACAACGUACAAUGAGCACUGGCUGUAUGACAUCGAUAAAUAACAAUCAUCCUAUUUGGGCAGUGCCUGGUUAAAGUUCUGGCAGGAACUAGGCGUACUGGUUUUGUAUUGUUUCCAUCAUUUCAACCACGCCGAUGCUGAGAAAGUGGCAAAUUAAGCAAUAUACACACGCGCAUGCGUGUAAUGGGGGCAGAUUUUAAUUAUGGAAAACGCAGAAUACAUCGACAUGUUGGGUCAAAACAAAUCUGAAGCCAUCAUAUUUGGUUCAAACGCUGUGAUCAGCGUGCCUUCUCCGACUGAUGGUCUCUCGCAAUAAACGAAGAACACAGAUUGUGGGUGUUUGAGAAAGACAAACGAAUGAGAAAUGGAUUUAACAUUUUGUUUCCCGCCAAGCGUUAAUUUUAUUAACUACGUGUACACUUGACUCAACAUAUCUGCAAGCUUGGGCUACUUCACAGUAAGAGGGGAUAUCUUGCGACUAGCACAACGCGCCAACUGCGAUCACUUAAAUGUUGACAGAGAUAUCAGGUGACCCAGUGCACUUCAUACUCGCCUGCUAAGUAAUGCAGGAAAGUUAAACCACUGCCGUCCGAGUCGAGGAGUUAUUUUUCUCUGAGGUGGGGCGGAGGGGACAGAAGUAGCCUUAAUUCGUACGAUCCUAGACUACUGUGACAGUUGAAUGUUCUAUGUCGAGUGGCGCGGUGUGGGACUGGCGGCUACUGCGCGAGGAUAUCGAGAACAAAGCCCUCUCUUGCAGCAUGCAAUAAUGUCAUCAGUUACAUUAUUAAAUUACACCAAGCCUGCAGAAGUUAUGUAGAAGAUGGCAAGGCUCAACAUCCUGUCAGCCGUGCUGCUGACCGCAGUCACCACGAUGGGGGAUCAGCAACCUUACAACUUGUACAAAGUGUCGCUCACGCAGAUUGGCUACAUUCAGUUCCUCAGGUACCAAGCGACGAUACCAGCCCUUCACGACUUCACGUUAUGCAUCUGGCUGAAGAGUAGAAACUUCAACAACUCACACCCAUUUUUCUCAUAUUCCAAAAACGAAAAGGAGCGCCUAGUGCGGUCGUGGCUGGAACCACCCUCAAUCGGAGGAAAGGCGCACGUGAAGCUCCACAUCCUGGAGCAAGAAGUCAUGAACGUCCCAGUGGACAUCAACCUGGGACAAUGGUACCACUUCUGUCAAUCUUGGAGUAACUCGGCCGGGAAAUGGGCCCUUCACGUUGACGGCAAGCUAAGUGCUGCCGGGGACGACUGGAAGACGAGUGACCUGGUAAUUCCUGGUGGAGGCGACGCAGUGGUGGGACAAGAAUACACGGACUUCGACAAGGGCUUGGACGACGGCAUUGAAGGGGAAGUCUUUGGUUUCAACCUUUUGACCUCUAAGCCAAGUGUUACCCGUGACUCUCAAAUUCUUUCCUGGUCUAAGACCCGGAACAACGCACUGAUCGUCCCUCAACCGCAUUACCAAGUGAACAGUGCUAAAACGCCCAGCUGGGCGACCUUUCGAUACCCUCAGUUACUACAAACAACGUUGAGAGGGCUUCCUCGUGAGAAGAAUCUGAUCAGGUGGCCCAAAGACACAGUAUUUUCAUGGAAAGCGUUAAGAGGCAAUCCCGGUUCAUCUAACAUCAAAUGGCCUCAAGACAGAACGUCAGAGACGCGAGACGCAGAUGUCGACCUAGACCCUGGACUCGAACUGGUGAAGAAAAGCUACAGCCACUGCGCUGCGAGGAGAGGCUCCCCGGUGGACGAGAGUCGCCUGCUGAUCGCGUGGGCCAGAACGCCGGUCAGAGUCUUUGGUGGGGCGAUCAUCACGACGGCUAGGCCCGUAUGUGGGGACUUCUAGCCAUUAGGUGUGCCAUAACACUUGUUUAUCCGCCGCGACAGACACAGCGCGGUCUGUCUGAGGUACCACACAACUCACAAUCCCAUAAAGCAGUGGUAAGAUAUUCUCUCCGUUUGCCAAAGUACCCCUUAAGUUCUUGUGCACCUGUAAUAAUACGUGAUUCAAAAGUCCCUGUGGACACGGACGUCAUAGGAGGUGACCCUUGACCUUGACCUCCCACUUUCCUUCACAAGCUGUGCCGCCGACGGUGAGUUCUUACAGGUUCAAAAAGGCCUGAACAAAUCUUAAAGCUGCCCACUUUAAUUCUUGUGCUGAGGUACAGAAUUUAUGUUGAUAUACUUCGACAUUCUACCACAGCUCGAAGAUGCUGUGCUUUGGUACAGCGAUAAUUUCUCUUGGUAUUAUUACUAUUGUUUUUAAUAUUAUUACGCACAAUGCUGGAUACUAGAUGUCAUUCAGAUACACAAAUAAAAUGCAAACACGACAUUAACCAUCAAUAUAUCACAUAUGAUGGACAUCCUAUUGUAAAAUAAACGAGUUCAUGUUAUGCAAUAAAAUUACGUUUUAAAAUAUUACUUUCUGUAAGGGUUUAGCGAUAUAAUAGUCCUAACCGUCAACAGGAUAUCCCAAAGAUAUGUAUAUAUAAUUAUUUGAAUCAAAUAAAGACAUUUUAAUAAACUAAA